GGCGCCGUUUAAAGAAAGCUGCGAAACAGCAGACAUUGCAGGCUGGGGGGAGCUGCCAGCCUCGGUCCAGAUUGAAGCUGUCGAGGAGGUUUCACUACCGUCAAGAUGAUAUACGGGAAAGCCGAUGAGGUCCAGGUUCCGAACCUGGAUCUUUUGACCUUUUUGUUCGAUUACGAGUCGUCCCGGGCCAAGGCGUCGACGCCGCUCUUCGCCGAGGCGCACGACCCCAGCGCCGUCAUCACCACGACACGAGCUCGUCACCUCGCGACUGCGUUUGCGCACUUCCUGCGGCACAACUAUGGCAUCGGCGCGUCCGGGCCGGCGCGCGAUGUCGUCGUCACCGUCUCGAGCGGACAGUCGGCCCUCCCCUGCCUCUUCUAUGGCGUCAUCGCCGCCGAGGGCAUCUACUCGGCCGCGUCCGCCGCCGGCACGCCCAAGGAUCUCGCGCGACAGAUCGCCGACGGGCCGGGACAGCUGCUCGUCUGCAGCGCCGACGUCAAGCCGCAGGCCCUCGAGGCGGCGAGGCUCGCGGGCCUGUCGGAGCGCAACGUCCUCGUCCUGACGUCGCACCCGCGCGUCUCCCUCGAGAGCGCCGACGGCCGCGUGCGCUGUGACUUCGAGAACCAUCUGCCGUGGAAGCGCAUCACGGACCCGCGCGAGCUCGCGGACCGCACCAUCUGCAUCCUGUACUCGUCCGGGACGACGGGCCUGCCCAAGGGCGUGCUCGUGUCGCACGCCAACGUCGUGUCCGAGUCGUAUCUCACGGGACACCUGAACCGCCCCGUCACCGAAACGUGGACCGACUACACGCCGCGCACCAUGGCGCACCUGCCGACGGCGCACAUUGCCGGCGUGCAGGGCUACUUCAUCAACCCCGUCUUCGAGGGCUCGCUCGUCUUCUGGAUGCCCGGCUUCAAGCUCGACGACUUUGUGCGCUACGUCGAGGAGCUGCACAUCACCAUGUUAUUUACCGUGCCGCCCAUCUACGCCGCGAUUGCGAAGCACCCGGCCGUCAAGAAGCAGUUCUCGCGCGUGCGCAUGGCCAUUGGCGGUGCGGCCCCGCUGAGCAAGGAGAUUCAGGUGGCGGCGAGCGAGAAGAUACACCCCGACGCCACGGUGACGCAGGUAUGGGGGUUGAGCGAGACGACGGGAGCCAUUACACAUACGAAGCCGGGUCGCAAGGACACGGUGGGCAGCUUGAGUCCGCUGAUGCCCAACAUUACUCUGCGACUCGUCGACGACGACGGCAAGGACGUGGCUCCAGGGCAACCAGGCGAGGCGCUGGUCAAGGGGCCCAUGAUCACAAAGGGCUACCACAACAACCCCGAGGCCAACAAGAACUCUUUUACCGACGACGGCUGGUUCCGCACCGGCGACAUCAUUCGCAUGGAGGGCGACCUGCUAUACAUAGUUGACCGCAAAAAGGAACUCAUCAAGUACAAGGGCCUGCAGGUCGCGCCCGCUGAGCUCGAGGGCGUGUUGCUGGCACACCCGGCCGUCGCCGACGCGGCCGUCAUUGGCGUCCCCUAUGACGAUACGGAGGCGCCGCGCGCGUACGUAGUGCUCGCGCCGCCGGCCCGAGGCAAAUUGUCCGAGGCAGACAUCGCGGCGUACGUCAAGAGCCAGGUCUCGAGCUACAAGCAGCUGCGCGGCGGCGUCAAGCUCGUGGACGCGGUGCCGAGAAGCGCAGCCGGCAAGAUUCUGCGCAAGGAGCUGCGCGAAGUGGUACGUCGGGAAAUGCAGGAUUCCAAGCUAUGAAGGGGUUUGCACUCUGUAGAGGGUGGCGCUCGGGAUCCAUGUUUCGUUGGGAGCUGGCCCGAGGGGGGGAUAUUGCAUGUGGUGUAUGUGUGUAGAUACUGUAUUUACU